UUAACAUUAUGGCUCUCCACCUUCAUGGGACCAGUAGCAUUUCAGAGCCAGAGGGAGCAGCCACCUUUCUCUCAGCUUAUCUUGCUGGUGUGCUACAGAACCUAUUGCUGAUGCUCUUGUAAAACCACCUGAAGGACAAUGAAGGCCUUAGAAAAGAAGAGAGAAUUCCCCAAGAACAAUGAUGGGGAUAAUAGUUUAUCUCGGUCCAGAAACCUGGUACACAUAAGGAGCCACCUGAGAAGGAUAAUCAAAAAGCUGAUUCUCCUCAAAAUGCACAAGAGUGACAAUCGCAGAAUCAAAUGUCUCUGUGGGUUAGCCAACAAGUACCGGAAGAUGCUGGCACUGGUGGGACCGUUGGACGCCUCAUCUUCCUCUGUAGGGCGAGUGACUAUGGAAAGAAACAUAAUGAGUGUCAUCACUGAAGAUCCUCCAAAGCCUAUAGCAGAUGUGGUUGCGGAGACGGUCAUGGAUGCUAUUAAGUCUAUCAUAGACAUGGAGACAAUCAACAUUGACAAGGAGCUCGAGGAUAAACCUUUGGCGGGGACAUCUCUGGAGUCUUCCUCUGCAAAGCUGAAUGAAGCACUCUGCUUGAAAGGCCUGCCUCAGCGGCUUCGCAUGCCUGCACCCAGAGUGCUCUGCAGACCAUCAGCUUUGAGAUGGGUCAAACCCUGCUGCACUCGAUCAUGUUACGAGUCUCUGGAAAAUGUCAUCAGCAUCCGUUAUUACAAGAGUCCCAAACUGCACCCUGAACCAGAGCAACACAACUGAUGCUUAGUCCAGAUGUUCUGAAGCUAUUGAGAGGAGCCUUGAAGAUAUAAAUCUAUUGAGUGUCCUAUUGAUUCAUAUUCCUACAAUAAAAGGAAUAUUGAGCUUCA